AACACGUGUUUCACUGGGACAAUAGUGAGUGGUGCACACUUCCUUCGCCCGGCCACAGAACAACAAAAAGAGUUGCUGGUGUAACAAUAGGAAGAAUAUAUUCCACUCCUCUCUUGUACACGCGGCUUAUGAGAUGAACGCUCGUCAAAAAGAACGUCCCCUUCAGCAGCAGGAGGAUCCACAGCCCCCCACACAUUAAAGAGGAAGAGGAGGAUCUCUGGGUUACUCAGGAGGAAGAGUUUCUUCCAGGGCAGGAGGAGGCGGAUCUCAGCAAGUUUCCACUGACUGUUGUCUCUGUGAAGACUGAAGAGCAUGAAGACAAACCACCUGAGUCCUCACAGCUUCAUCACAGUCCAAAUGAACGCUGGUCAAGAAGAACGUCCCCUUCAGCAGCAGGAGGAUCCACAGCCCCCCCACAUUAAAGAGGAAGAGGAGGAUCUCUGGGUUACUCAGGAGGAAGAGUUUCUUCCAGGGCAGGAGGAGGCUGAUCUCAGCAAGUUUCCACUGACUGUUGUCUCUGUGAAGACUGAAGAGCAUGAAGACAAACCACCUGAGUCCUCACAGCUUCAUCACAGUCCAAACGUCUGUGAAGAACAUCUUCACCCUGAGCAACAGAAGUGGAGCUUCAGGAUGCGGACGGAGGAGCCACAGCCCUCCCACAUUAAGAAGGAAGAGGAAUCCCCAAUGAUCCCCCAUUUUAAAAAGGAAGAAGAGGACCCACUGAUUCCCCACUUUAAAAAGGAAGAGGAGGUUUCACUGACAUGCCAUUUUAAAGAGGAAGAAGAAGACCCACUGACACCUCAUUUUAAAGAGGAAGCUGUGGAUCCACUGAGCCCUCACAUUAAGGUUGAAGAGGAUGACCCACUGACCCUUCACAUUAAAGAGGAAGAGGAAGAACACAGCAUCAGUUCGCAGGGAGAGCAUCUUGAAGGACUGGAGGACUUUGCAGUGAUUAGUGUGGUUGUGAAGAGUGAAGGUGAUGAGGUCAAAGGUGAGAGUGAGGAGAGGGGAGGGGGGGAGCCUCCAAGCAGCAGCUCAACUCAACACAUGACAACAGAAGCUGAUGGAGACCACUGUGGAGGAUCACAAGCAGACAAGCUCUUAGCUCCACUAUCAGAUAGUGAGGACACAACGUCACUUUCCUGUUCAAUCUGCUGCAAAGAUUUUACUCAGAGGCACAAUUUGAAAAGACACAUGAGAACACACACUGGAACAAAACCUUUUUCAUGUUCAAUCUGCGGUGAAGAUUUUACUCGAAGGGAGCAUUUGAAAACACACAUGAGAAAACACACUGGAGAAAAACCUUUUUCCUGCUCAGAAUGUGGUAGAAGUUUUGUAACGAAUCGAAGUUUAAAAGUACACAUCAGAACACACACCGGAGAAAAGCCUUUUUCAUGUUCAAUCUGCGGUAAAGAUUUUACUCAAAAGCACAAUUUCAAAACACACAUGAGAAUACACACUGGAGAAAAAAAUGCUUCAUGUUCAAUCUGUGGUAAAGAUUUUACUCGAAGGAACCAUUUUAAAAUACACAUGAGAAUACACACUGGAGAAAAACCUUUUUCCUGCUCAGAGUGUGGUAAAAGUUUUGUCAUAAAACAAAGUUUAAAAGCACACAUGAGAACACACACUGGACAAAAACCUUUUAUAUGUUCAGUAUGUGGUAAAAGUUAUAUAAAAAGAGACCACUUAAAUUUACACAUGAGAACACACACAGGAGAGAAAGUGUUGAGUUGCAGUGUGUGUGGUGAAAGAUUCUCUUCUAAGUACCAGUGUAAGAAACACAAGUGUGCUGGUGAGAACAGCAGCAGCAAAUGAAGAUGCAGGAUUUGAAAUAAACUGUCAAAACUUGAACUUUGACUUUCUAACAACAUCAGCACAUAUAACAUGUGUGACAUCAUUGUUGUGUGUGUAACACAAUCUUGUUAAUAUGAUUCUAACAUUUAUAGAUUAGACACUUCAGAUUAGUGCUUUUAUUUCAGUCAAGUACAUGAGUUAAUAUACACAUUUGUGUACUUUAAAAUGAACACAACAAUUCGACUGAAAGGGUGAGAAUAAACAGUACACAAAAUAUGUUACAUACAAUAAACAGUUUAUUUGUAGCUAUUCCUAAUUCACUUUAUACUUAUUCAUAAUAGUGUUUUAUAUGUUUUUUGAUAUAACGACGUGUUACAUAUUUUGCUUUCUAAUUGUAGAUGGUUUAUAUGAUGUACAUAUUUGUUUUACAUGUGUUCAUACCUUUGCUUUUAAGUACUCAUAAAUCCCUCUUAGUUCAUAUUUACUGGUUCACAUCUGAAACAUCUUCUGGACCACUUCUGGAAGCAUAUUAUUAUUUACUUUAUACAUCAUUUGAACAGUUGUCUUUUAAACAAGAUCAUUUACUUUUAAAAUGUGUGACUUUAUGAAUCAUUUGUUGGGUCUCUAUAAUCUAUUCUAUUAAUUGUCUUUAUUACACUCUUGUGUAAUAAGAAUAUUGUUGUGUGAUUGUUUUAUAUGUAUGUCCCCAGACCUUUAUGCAAUAAACAAUGUAUGCUUCAACUAAA